AUGAUGAAAAUGCUACUAGUAGUUGGAGCCAGAUUAUAUGGGCGUGGGCGUGGGCGUAGGAUGAUGAGCACGAGCACGAGCACUAAUCCACCAAAUCCAUGGCUGAUGCUGCCGCCCACAUUCGACAGAAGGCGCGGCGGCAUGGUGUACAACUUCUACAGCCUGGCCGACCAGGAGGUUGUGCUGAUCAACAAGUACGGUCCGGGAGCAGAGCCUCCCGAGAUCCCCGACGACAACGCCCGGGUGGUGGGGUCAUCCCACGGGUGGCUAGCAUUGAUGAACAACCGCAACAACGAGCUGUUCCUCUCCAACCCCAUCACCCGCCGCCACAUCAGGCUCCCCCCAAUCCAGUCCCUUCCUGACCCCGUGCUCAACCUCCACCACGUCAGCGGCAAAGCCACGGUGUCGAAGCUAAUCCUGUCUGCAGCCUCCCCCGGGUCCGAGGAGUGCCGCGCCAUGGUGUCGUACGGGCAGGACGACCGGCUGGCCUUCUGCUGCCCGGGGCACAGCCAGGAGUGGGUCCCCAUAGGGAAGCCAUACAUGGAUGAAGAGGACAAGACCUUCAAGUUGGUGUAUCCCAAGUCGUACGAUGAUUUCGUGUAUUCAAGCAAGAGCAAUGUGUUCAGUUGCUUGACCAAAUCAGAGUUCCACGCAUCGGGGCUGGAGGAAUGGGACCUGAGGGACAUGGAUUCUCCCAAAUUAGCUUGGAUUCAGAGACAAAACAAUAGUCCGUUGAGGCCGAUUGAUGAUGAGCACUUGAAAGAGAAACACCUGGCGUAUGUGGAGCAGACGGAUAAGCUGUUGCUGGUGACACGUUUUAUCCACAAACACCAACACAAAACUCACUUUUUCGGUACACUAGAAAUUAUAAAGCAUAAUGGAUGGAAGAGCUAUAGGAAAUGCCCAUCUUCGGAUCUCGCCUUGUUUCUUGGAACCAACCACGCCUUUACCAUCUCCCAUUUCAACCCCAAUUCUAUUUACUUCACCCACCAUAAACAACAUCAUCAUCAACCCGAUGUCGGAAUCUGCCACCACGACUUUACUCUCUCCGAUUGCUACUAUCCCUUGCAUCGCAUCAUUACCAAUACCAAUACCAAUACCGAUACUAAUACUGUCACUGCACCCAUUUGGUUUACUCCAACACUUACUUGA